AUGUACACUAGACUUGAAGAACUAUGUAAAUUAAUGAAAGGAAGUAACAACUUAAUAAUAAUAGAAGAUUGGAACACUGUUGUAGGUGAAAGUGCUGAUGGGCAGGAAAUAGGAACCUACGGAUUGGGAACUAGAAAUGUAAGAGGAGACCGACUUGUAGAUUUCAGUAAACAAUAUGACAUGGUUAUAGCAAACACAUAUCAAAACAUUCAUCAUAGAAAACGAUACACGUGGAAAAUACCAGGAGACAUUAGACGACACCAAAUCGACUAUAUACUGGUAAUAAAACACUUCAGAAAUCAAGUCCGUAGAUGUAAAACACAUCCAGGCAUUGAUGUGGACAGUGAUCACAACCUCUUAAUGAUGAAAAGUAGUGUCACAUUUAAAAAACUUAAAAACUUACGGAAAAUAAAAUAAUAUACAACGUAAAUAUGUUGAAAGACCAAAAUACAUUAGCCUAUGUACCCUGUAUCAAUAAGGCGAUAAAAACAUUUACACAAAAUGACUCAAUAAAUGUAAGAUGAAAAGCAAUUAAAGGAACUAUACAUAAUGCAGCUAAUAAGACCUCAAGAAAAAAUAUAAUGAAAUCAAAAAAAACCAUGGAUAAAUGACAACAUUUUAAGAGACAUUAAGGAAAAGAGAAAGUACAAAAACUCCAAAGAUACGCAAAAUUUGAGAAAAUAUAAACAAAAUAAACAAAGAUGCAAAAGAAGCAAGGGGAAAAUGGCUGGAAAAUAGAUGUAAGGAAGUAGAGUUAUUAAUAAAAGGAAACAAAAUGGAUCCAGCGUUCAACACAAUAAAAAAAUUUGUCAGUAGAAAAACAAAAGCUAACAUUAAAAUAAGAGACAUAAAUGGAAAUCUACUAUUGGACAACGAAGACAUUGUCUAUGUAUGGAAACAAUAUCUUGAAAUUCUGUACCAAGGCGUCGAAAUAAUAAGUCCAAAUACUGAAAAUACCUCUGAUAUGCAAGGUGUGACAAUUCUAAUUGAAGAAGUCAACCAAGUUCUUAAGGCAAUGAAAACUAAAAUAGGCCCAGGUGUAGACGAGUUAACAUCAGAACUUAUUCCAAAUGCAGGUACGGAAAUUCAAAACGAAUCGUUUAAAUUGGUUAAUGCCAUAUAUAAAUAUAACUGGAGAAAUACCUGAAUACUCUAAGAAAAACAUCAUAAUUACUCUACCCAAAAUAGCAACGGCUGAAAAAUGUAACGAAUACAGAAACUUGAGCCUAAUGGUUCACUCAGCUAAAAUCCUCGUAAAAAUAAUAAGCAACCGAAUAGAGCAUACGAUUGAAAAAUGUUUGAGAACAAACUUAGUUCACCCUUUGGCUUACUAUGAUGUGUAUGUAUUUUUUAGAUUCGGGGCGUAUCGAGGUUGUUGGUCACACUGUUUGUUAG